AUGCAGCCGCGGUCCAGACACAACACAGCAGAUACAGCCACGCGGGUCAGAACAACACAGCAGAUACAGCUGCAGGUCGAACCCUGCCUGGCAGAUACAGCCGCAGGUCCAGGCCACCAACACAGCCAGAUACAGCCGCAGGUCCAGACACAACUAAUAGAUGCAGCCGCAGCACACGGUUCAGGGGCAGGAUUCCCCACGACACGCGGCAGUACUCGACGCACGGUUCGCGGCGGUACUCCCCAGCACACACGGCUCACGGCGGUGCUCCUUUUUGGUUCAAGGCAGUUCUCCACAGCACACGGCUCACGGCAGUACUCCCGCAACACACGGUUCACGGCAGUAUUCCGCACACUGCUCGCUGAAUCCACAACACGGUUCAAGGCAUUACUCCCACAGCACACUGUUCAUGGCGGUACUCUGACACAGUUCAGGGCAGGGUUCGCUCACACGACGCACGGCAGUACUCCCACGACGCACGGCUCACGGCAGCACUCCCCAAGCACGGUUCACGGCAGUACUCCCCACACGGCUCACGGCAGUGCUCCACAACUUACGGCUCACCGCAGUACUCCCACGCACACGGUUCACGGCAGUAUUCCCCGCACACAGCUCACGGCAGGUGCUCCACAGCACACGGUUCCAGGGCAUUUCCCACAGCACACGGUUCACGGCAGGAUUCCCCAGCACACGACGCACGGCAGUGCUCCACGCACACGGUUCACGGCAGUUCCUGACACACGGUUCAGGCAGUACUCCACAGCACGGGUUCGCGGGAUUCCCCAGCACGACGCGGCAGUGCUCCACAACACACGGUUCACGGCAGUACUCCCCAGCACACGGUUCAAAGCGGUACUCCCAGCACACGGUCCGGCGGGAUUCACAGCACGACGCACGGCAGUACUCCCCAGCUACACGGUUCGGCAGUACUCCACCGCACACGGCUCACGGGCUCCCACAGCACACGAUCCCUUGGAUCGUCAGACACUGGGUGAUAUGCCUUCCAUUGAUGAUCUCUUCUACGGAGUUGAACAGAGUCUGGAGUCGUUCAUCGUCUAG